AUGAAUGACGAUGAUGCGAUCCAUAGCAUCCACAAGAAGAUCGAGCGCGAGAAGGCUCUCAUCAACGCUGCCAAUUCCAUGAGAGCACAGACCAACAAUGAAGCCGUCAGAUCUCGUCUCGACUCACAAAUGCGAGAUGGUCGUCGCAAUCUGCAGUUCUUUGAAGAGAAGCUGCGCGACAUCCAGAUGCGACGUGUGAACGCCGGUGUUGGCGACAUGUCCCUUGGAGGACCUUCUGACGAGGCCGGCGGUCCUCCUGCACCACCUCCCAAGGAUUCCCGAGAAGAUAGAGGUUCUGAUCUCAUGCCUCCCCGCCAUCCUUAUGCUCCAGGUCCUCCUGGUGGCACGGCUCUUCCGAAGCCACGUCAAAAUUUCACCAAGUUAGAUUUGAUCAAAUAUGAUACACCGCAUCUGGGACCCCGCAUCCAGCUCAUGUUGUCGCAGAUUCAAUUCAAGCUAAACGUCGAAGAACAAUAUCUGAAGGGUAUCGAAAAGAUGGUUCAGCUUUACGGUAUGGAGGGAGACCGCAAAAGUAAGGCUGACGCGGCUGCCCGAAAAGUCGAAAGCAAGCAGAAGAUUAUACUGUUGAAGCAGGCACUCAAGAGAUAUGAAGAACUACACAUCGAUGCGGAUGUUGCCGACGCCCAAGAUGGUGAGUUGGCACUGCAGCAUUUCCUACUUCGACGACAUAUUGACAAAGCAGCAGACGAUUCAAUCAACGCCCCUAAUCUAAGGAAGCCCCUAAGCGGACAACUAUCGAUUCGUAUGCUAGCUAUAAAGGAUGUAGACCACCUAGCAACUGGAAGGUUUACACGAGGACCUGAGACCUUUAUUGCCGUCAAGGUUGAGGAUACCGUGAUGGCUCGUACAAAGGCGACCAGGAACGAUCGCUGGGAAGCCGAAUACCAUACCAUCGAAGUUGACAAGGCCAACGAAAUCGAGCUGACGGUUUACGACAAACCUGCUGAGCAUGCCAUGCCCAUUGCUAUGCUCUGGGUCAGAAUUUCUGAUAUUGUCGAGGAAAUGCGUCGUAAGAGGAUCGAGGCUGAGAUGAACAGUUCUGGAUGGGUUUCGGCCGAUAGAAUGGGCAGCACCGGUGGCGCCCCUUCACAGUUUCCCAUGAGCCCGUCUUCAGGCUCUUUUGGACCAGGCUCCCCAGCAGGUGGCGGCGCGCAAGGAACAGAGACCGGUCCAUUCGGGACUGCUGGUCCCCAGCCUCAAGUGCAAACUGGUCCAAUUGAAGAAUGGUUUAACCUGGAGCCUACUGGACAGAUUCAACUCCAGUUGGCAUUCAACAAGACUAACGCGAACAGCCGCCCCGUCGACCUCGGUCUUGGCCGAAAGGGAGCUGUACGUCAACGCAAGGAAGAGGUUCACGAGAUGUACGGACACAAGUUCGUACAGCACCAGUUCUACAACAUCAUGCGUUGUGCGCUUUGCGGAGAUUUCCUCAAGUACUCUGCAGGCAUGCAGUGUGAGGAUUGCAAGUACACUUGUCAUACAAAGUGUUAUUCCAGUGUGGUUACGAAGUGUAUCAGCAAGAGUAACGCUGAGACCGAUCCUGACGAGGAGAAGAUCAACCAUCGUAUUCCGCACAGAUUCAAUCCUUAUUCCAACAUGACAGCAAACUGGUGCUGUCACUGUGGUUACAUUCUGCCUUUUGGCAAGAAGAACUGCAGAAAGUGCUCAGAAUGCAAUCUUACUGCACACGCCCAGUGUGUUCACCUUGUUCCUGACUUCUGUGGCAUGUCUAUGGCUGUUGCCAAUCAGAUAUUGGAUGGGAUAAGAUCACAGAAACAGAGACAGGCAAAGGUCUCUUCACUAACAGAAAAGACUCUCCGGCAAGGAAAAUCGAGCCCUACCAGUACUCACUCCCCGGCACCAUCCUAUUCCAGCUCGUCCGCACCUCCCUAUCAGCCAGGACCUGCCUCACCUGAGGCAACUGAAGCUGCUAAGGUUAUGUACUCGAACCAGACAACACCACGACCUGGCCAUCCCGACCGAACUUCAUCCAGCUCAACGGCGGCAGCGGCAGCCUCUGCGGCCAUGUCUGGAGGACCUGGAGGGGCCCAGAGACAACAAUCUGAUUAUGGACGUUACAGUGGAGGGUAUGACCAGCAACAAGAGGAUCCCUACGCUCAAGGGGGCCAAUACGGCGCGGGUCAGCAGCGCAAGUACAACCCGGCUGACUACGCCAACGUCAACCCUAGCUAUGGAGGACAACCGCCUGCUCAGGCUCAGCGACCAGUGCAACAGCAGCCAGCUGCACAACAGCCUCCUCCCCAGCAACCGCUGCCUCCGGUGCCACAACACCAGCCUCAGCAGCAACAAGCUGGUUACCAGCAACCAUCAGUACCAGCACACCAACCCCAGUCACCGGAAGCAAUGUCUCCUAAGCAGCAGUCUGCAUCUGGUGGAAAUAAGGCACCACUACCUUUGGCUACAGACCCAGGUACUGGUCAACGAAUCGGACUUGACCAUUUCAACUUCCUGGCUGUGCUGGGUAAGGGUAACUUCGGCAAGGUCAUGCUUGCUGAAACAAAGCGAUCUCGCAAGCUCUAUGCUAUCAAGGUGCUCAAGAAAGAGUUCAUCAUCGAAAAUGAUGAAGUAGAGAGCAUCCGCUCUGAGAAGCGUGUGUUCCUGGUUGCCAACCGAGGUAGGCACCCAUUCCUCACCAACCUGCACGCAUGCUUCCAGACCGAGACCCGUGUGUACUUCGUAAUGGAGUAUGUUAGCGGUGGUGAUCUGAUGUUGCACAUUCAGCGAGGUCAAUUCGGCACCAAGCGUGCCCAAUUCUACGCCGCAGAGGUGUGCUUGGCCCUCAAGUACUUCCAUGAGAACGGUGUCAUCUACCGUGAUCUGAAGCUUGACAACAUUCUGCUGUCACUCGACGGUCAUGUCAAGAUUGGUGAUUAUGGCCUGUGCAAGGAGGAUAUGUGGUAUGGUUCAACAACUAGUACUUUCUGUGGUACUCCCGAGUUUAUGGCUCCCGAAAUUCUUCUCGAUAAGAAGUACGGUCGUGCUGUCGACUGGUGGGCAUUUGGUGUCCUGAUCUACCAGAUGCUUCUCCAACAAUCACCUUUCCGUGGAGAAGAUGAGGAUGAAAUUUACGAUGCCAUUCUCGCGGAUGAACCACUUUAUCCUAUUCACAUGCCUCGGGACUCAGUCUCUAUUCUCCAGAAGCUGCUCACUCGUGAGCCUGACCAGCGACUUGGAAGCGGCCCUACUGAUGCCCAGGAGAUAAUGAGCCAGCCAUUCUUCCGCAACAUCAACUGGGAUGACAUCUACCACAAGAGAGUGCAGCCUCCUUUCAUGCCUCAAAUUAAGAGUGCUACUGAUACCAGUAACUUUGACUCGGAGUUCACCAGCGUUACUCCCGUGUUGACCCCAGUCCAGUCUGUUUUAUCACAAGCCAUGCAAGAAGAAUUCCGAGGCUUCUCCUACACAGCUGAUUUUGAUUAA